AUGUCUAUAAUCACCCCUGCACCUGGUCUGGACAUCCCAGCCUUCCAGACACUACACAAGUCCGGACAUUCCGUCGAAUCCCGAGUGAUAGACUCGUCUCGCGAAGAGAAGAAAUCAUGGAGACCUUCAUUCCAUAUCACUGCUCCAGGAUGGUUGAAUGACCCAUGUGGCCUGGGCUACGACCCUACAACAGGGCUAUAUCAUCUCUGCUUCCAAUGGAAUCCCCACGGGAAUGACUGGGGCAAUAUGUCCUGGGGCCAUGCAACAUCCCCCGAUCUAGUAUCAUGGACGACAUCCAACACUCCGAUCCUGACACCUUCAGCUGAGUACGACCGUCACGGUAUAUUCACAGGAUGUCUACGACCAACCGACGUUCAGGGACAUCCAGGUGCUCUUACAAUCCUGUACACGUCUGUCAGCCAUCUUCCCAUUCAUCAUACACUACCCUACACGUACGGAAGCGAGACUCUCAGUCUAGCUGUUUCCAAAGACGGCGGCAAGAACUGGACACGCCAGGACUGCAAUCCAAUCCUCCCCGGUCCCCCUUCACAUCUCAAUGUGACGGGCUGGCGAGAUCCUUUCGUCACAACCUGGGCUGAGGGUCCUCUUUCCAAAGAUGCGUCAACAUUAUAUGGCUUUAUCUCCGGAGGAAUCCCCAAACAAACUCCAACGGUCUUUGUAUACACUGUCCAAGCAACGGACCUUCGGAAGUGGGAAUUCAUCGGCCCAUUGGUUGAUGUAGGCCUGAACCUCCAACCAUCUCGCUGGUCUGGAGACCACGGCGUCAACUGGGAAGUGGCUAGUCUUCUGACUCUGAGCAAUGGAAGCACAACUCGAGAUUUCAUCAUCAUGGGAGCUGAGGGCUGUGCAAGCCCAAAGCAAGACGAAGCUCACGCACGCCAGAGACGAGUACCCCGAGGCCAACUCUGGAUGUGUAUCAAAUCCAAAAGAACAGACACCACUUCCACAGAUAGCCCUCUGGCUUCAUAUUCCUUCUCUGGUAUCUUCGACCACGGCUGCUUCUAUGCAGCCAAUUCCUUCUACGAUCCUCAAACCUCGCAGAACAUCGUAUACGGCUGGAUCACGGACGAGGACCUAUCUGAUUCUCUGCGCCAUCGUCAAGGGUUCAGCGGUGUGAUCUCGCUGCCUCGUGUGGUGGGACUAUUGACCAUUGAGAACGUGAAGAAGGCUCGUCACUCGCCAUUGAACUCGAUCACUUCAAUCGAGAUCAUUCCCUCUGGCGGAACCUUCACUAUCCACACGAUGAGAAUCACACCGGAUAGCCGACUCACACGGUUACGAUGCAACGCCCGAGAGACCCGUCUCGCAAAUAUACCACUGUCUUCACCGCUGGAGACUGCUGUGCCGUUGACGACAAGAUGGGAGCUAUAUGCCGAAUUCUCUGUCAGCCAGACUUGCACAAGCGUGGGUAUUAAGAUACCACACACAGCUGAUGGCCAAAGCUGCACAAUUCUCGCCUGGAAUCCACAAAGCGAGACCUUCACCAUCCAUCGACCAGCAGUCGACGACGAAAUCAAUCACGGCUAUGAAAGUGCUCCGCAUACGCUGUUUACAUCCUUGAACGAGGGCGGCGAGGAAGAAGAGAUGCUCCGAGUACACGCUUUCUUUGAUUCGAGUGUGUUGGAGGUAUUCGUUAAUGAGAGGACGGUGAUCUCGACCCGGAUUUACGACACAGACCGUUGUUUUGGACCGUUGUUCUUUGCUGAGGAUGUAAAGACGGACGAUGGGCCAGCGGCUGUUCUUGUGAGGGCUGAUAUUUGGGAUGGAUUGGGUGUGAAUAUGUCUACAUAA